AUGGUUCACUACGCGUACAUCAAGAACAUCAACGAUGACUGGUCCUGGCGAUACGUGAUUGUCUUCGCCAGCCGCACAGUUGCCGAUGAGUGGUGGCGUGCCGUGUCCACUUCCACCAACACGAAGUACUCGGACAGUGUCAGGCGUGUCACCUCCCAAUUUUUCACCCACGACAUUAACCAAGCGAACGCCGCCUACUCCAUCAAUGACGCCCAGGUUGCGUCUAGGUUCCUUGGAAAAGUGUUUUUCACGUUACUGCCAGAAAGAGAUGACGGUCGCGUGUUGAGCGUCAUUCCGUCGUCAGAUUUUGCGGAUCACGUUAGCGGGAACACUUUCUUCAUCCGCUCCAAAGUCUCUCCUAACGAGUACUGGUACUGUCCUGGAUCGUCCACUGGCAACGUCACGCCUAACUCCAAAAUCUAUGUGUCGCGUACCGAACGCACCCGCUUCCGCGUCCGCCUGAUGAGCGAGCGCAAGGAUGCUACAGGAACCAUCAUGAUCGGCUCUGACGAGAUCGCUAUCACCUUGACUUCCGCCAAGCUGUCCGUCAGAGUCUCCCGUAGCUGUCAUUUGAUCAUUUCGAAAAGCCCUGAGCCGGGGUUGAAAUUAAGUGACCUUGUGAACGGAUUCGGGGUGGUGACUCCCUUGCUGGAGAGUGAUCCUGAGAGCGAGGACUUGAAGGAGCUCUUCAAAACAGAUGAUGGGGAAGAGUGGGAACUCGUUUGA